AUAUCCAACGAACGGGCAAUCCGCUCUUAGCCUUUUCUCUCUGAGGUCGGUUGGUGUAGAGAGAGUGAGAAAAAAUGGCGACGCUGUGCCUCUCAUCAUCUUCAUUAUCACCUCUUUCUUCAGCUUCCACACGAACGGCGACUGCGCCAAGAAUGGCGGCUGCAUCAACUUCAUCGUCAUCAUCAAGUAAUUUUAAUCUUUGCGAACAUCUAUCAAGUGGUUAUAGAUUGGGUUCGAUAGUUUCACACAGACUACAGCCAUUGAAAUCUCAUAGAAGGAAAUUACAAGUUGUAUGUAUGGCUCCUGAUGAAGAGAAGAUGACUCGGAGAUCUCCUCUUGAUUUUCCAAUUGAAUGGGAAAGGCCUAGACCUGGACGAAGACCGGAUAUCUUUCCACAGUUCAGCCCGAUGAAAACACCUUUGCCACCACCAUUGCCAGCAGAUCCUCCAGAAGAAGAUGAGGAAGAAGAAGAAAAGAAGGAGGAAGAAGAAGGUGAAGAAGGUGAAGAAAAUGGGGAGGAAGAACCUGAAAAGCAAUCAAGGAUGCAGCAUUUUAUGAAGGAUUGGUGGCCUUGAGGUUUUCUUUUAACAUUUAUAUUGCUAAUCAGUUGAUCCCUUUCACCAUUUUUUCAGCGCCAGUAUGCUGCGGUAAACCCAGUUAAACGUAGUGUUGUUAUCUGUUGUUUAAUGAUAGUUGGAGCCUGUUAGGACACAGUAACCGCCUGCUGUGACGUUUGUGAGCUUGUAAUUUGGGGUGGUUAGUAAGGCUCCACGAAGGGGUAGUUUGUUAAAGAAUGUUCAGUUCUGUUUUUGAAGGAUUAUAUAGCCGAGUAAUAUGAGAAUUAGUAAGAAAUAAAGUCGUUAUGUGGUCUCA